UGCGACUCUUUGCCCAGGUCAGACAGGAUAGGAUCAUCGUUCAGGGAUUAAAAGAAAGCACUGUCGGAAUUUCUCAGAGGCCUUAAGCUUUUCUUCUGUACUGAUAUUGAUGUAGGGACAGUAGCUAGUAGCUGAGAUGUUUGUCUUCAGCCUUCUUCUACUUGGAGUGCUCCUUCCAGGCUUCCAGGCCCUCACUCUGGAAGAAUGUGGCAGCAAUGCCAGACGUCCAGCGUACACAGACAUUUCCGUGGUCUGUGGGACCCAGUUUAUUGAGUUGUCCAUCUUGGUAUGUCCUGUCAUUUAUACUGGAUACAAUGAGAGCCUGCUGAUUCUCAACCAAAUGGGGAAUAAUCCCAACUGUCAGGGGCGGCUGAACACCUCUGUCACUCCUCCGGUCGUCCGCUUCACUUUCCCACUCAGAGAGGCUGAUUCCUGUGGCAGCAUCUUUGUGACCACCAGCGCUCCAGGCACAGGCAUCUUCUCAGACUUCUCUAACAUCCAGACGGUGAACGUGAGUGGGGUGGUCCGCUCCUUCGACCCCACAAUGGGAACCGUGACUUACAAUGCUGAGCUGUCCUACUUCUACUCAUGUGCUUAUCCGCUGGAGUACCUCAUCAACAACACAGUCGUUGAUGUGUCGUCCUCCUCCAUUGCAGUAAAGGACAAAAACGGUACGUUCAUCAGCACUCUGAGCAUGCAGCUCUUCAAGGAUAGGAACUACACUUCUCCGCUGAUAAUCCCUCCUCUGGGAAUUGAAAUGAGAACUACUAUAUAUGUUCAGGUCAUCGCUGCGAACCUGACAGCACAAUAUAAUGUUAUGCUGGACCAGUGCUAUGCCUCCGUCUCUCCUCUGCCCUCCAACUCCACCGUUUUCAAUCUUUUUGUCUCGUGCUCAAAGGACCGCUUUACUACCAUGUAUGAAAACGGAGACACGCAAAGAGCUCGCUUCAGCUUCCCGGCCUUCAGAUUCACCGAGCAGCAGAACCAGACCGUCUCCACCUACUACCUGCACUGCAUCACCAGGCUGUGUGAACGCACCAACUGCAACCAGUUUAAGGUGGGGCAGUGCAGGAGGAAGAGAAGAGAGGCUGAGACGACUAUAAUUAAGGACAGUAUCUCUGCGCUCAUCACUUCAGUGCCCAUUGUGACUCAGGAGGACAAUUCCAUGGCCUCCAAUACAGUGACCACCCAGGCCAAGGCUGCAAAUAAAGGUUCCUCAGUGGGUCUGAGCGUUGCUGUGGCUGUUCUGGUUGUGGUGGGCACCGUCGCUGCCCUGAUGGCUGUGACCUUUUACCGCAAACUCAGGUGGUUCCACUGAUCGCCAUCUGUCGUCUGACGUCCGUGAUGGGGGACUUGCUUGAGUGCAGGUUGAGGAGGGAACCUGGGCUUUCACCCUGCUGUCUGUGCAUAGUUUUGCAUUAACUUUUCCUAUAGAAGGUUAUGUGGUCUGUCAUAAGACUAUAUAAUACUCAUAAAAAAGGUAUGGGCAGUUUAUAAUAUCAACAUGUGCUGUAAACUUUGCGAAAAAAAAAAAGUUUUUUUUUAUUCUCUCACAUGUAAACUGUCAUUUUUUCACUGUGUUGUUGAAAAAAAAAAUGCUGGUAGGGUUUUGCAAAUAUUACUGUUAAUUUCUUACAGUUUGCUGCCACGAUAAUGGGAACACUUGAGUAAGUGGGGAAUAUAAAUGAUGUAAAAGCAGGAGCUUCAAAACAGAUGUGGCUCAUGAAUUAGCUGAGUUUUCAACUCAGGAUGCAAAGCCAGAGGUGGUUUAAAAUAGCCUCUUUUUAUGGUUGUACUCAGUGAUUCAUCCGCACUUUUAUCAAAUUUGUAUCCUUCAUUCACUCCAAUGUUGCUUUUAUGUGUUUUUGGCUGUUGAUUGGUCUCUGCGGAUCCAGCUUUUAAACAAUUCUCCACAACAGAGAGCCUGAAGGCCUUGAAUAUUGUAAUUCAAUAAACUGUAUUCAGUGAAAGAAGCAGACACAACUGCUUUAGUAGCUUUAGGAGCUUCAGUAGCUGUAGUGGCUUUAGUGCGGUAGUCAAGAGAAAUUAAUAAUGUUGAUGGACAUGUAUUGGUAGAGCAUCUUGCUGAAUGCAUGAUUAUUCCUUACAAAAUGGUCUGAACUUCUGUUUUGCUCUCAUCUAAAAGCCUUUUGAUUGAGACGAGCUCCCGUGCAUUUUGUCCCGGUUCUGUUGAAACAGCAACUCGCAGGAUAGAAGGAACGCAUUAACGAAGAAGGUCUAAUGCGUCUGUUGCAGAUUGCACGGCUAGACGGCUGUUAAUGUAGACUAUUGAUUUUGAGAACAUCACUGUGUUUAUAUCAGCUCUUAUAGUGUAUAUGCAUGUGUUAUUAUCAUUAUUAUUGGGCUAUUAAAGCUUACAGGGCUGUAAAGAUUGGCUGCAUGACUUCAUUCAUUCUGUUAGCCAUUAAGACUCCAUUACAUUGACUACAUAUAGUGUGUUUACAAUCACAGUAUCGGCACUCCUACUCCUAUAUUUAACUCUUUAGCGUACAGUGACUUUACAGUGAGUACACAGACCUGUAAUGGUAUGUAAAUGUUGUUAAUAAAU